GCGGAGCCGGAGUCCGGAACCAUUUAUCUGGUCAUCGGAGCAAAGGUGAGAAGAAUAAGAAAGAGAAGAUUUUUUUUUUGGGGGGUCAAGGUGUAAGAGAAGACAAAACCCCGUUGGAUGAGUGUUACCACUGUUACGGUCAUGGUCAAAAACUCCAACGAAGAAGAGCACCUAGCUAGCAGCUACCUUGCCAUUUUGGCGCUUCCCUUUAAAUUCAUGCUUCGACCCUCUCUUGUCUCCGAUUUCUGACUCUGAUCGAAUGGCUGUUCAACUCACCCCAUCGGCGAUAACCACAAUUUGCUCGAACCAUUUCAGUUCGAUUGAGAAUCUGAAGCCGGUUUUGCAAGUAAUCCACGUGAAGCUUUUCCCGUCGCAGGACAGGUACUGCUUGGUGCUCUCCGAUGGCUCUCACUACCAGCAAUCUAUACUCGCCACCAAGAAGAACCACUUGCUCACUUCCGGCACCUUGCAGACUGGUUCCAUCAUCGUCCUCACUUUGUUCACCACCUCCGUUAUCCAGAACAGCACUGUUAUCAUCAUCGUUGAUCUACAUGUGAUACUUAAGAAAUGUAAUCUAAUUGGAACUCCUGUGUCAGCCAAUUUCGUUGAAUCUUAUGCAAAUCAAAACAUGGAUUUCUGCAAUCAUGAAUCUCAGGCUUCAAUAAGUCCCUUUCAAAAUUCUUAUGUUCAUCAACCUCAGCCCAUGCAUCAACAGCCAAUGAAAAUGCCCGAGGCAAAGGAAAAUUUCACACCAUCAGUUUGCUUGGAUAUUCAAGCUGUCUGGAAGCGGUGUGAAACCGUUGAAAAGGAAGUUCAAUCAUUAAAAGAUAGUUUGUCCCUCAUCAACAGGAAGGAUUCAGAACAAAGAAAGCAGAUAGAAGACCUUCGGAAGCAGAAUACAGAGUUGGCAGGCGAGAAAGAGCGACUCCUACAAGCGAUUCAAGGAAUUUUGUCGGAAAAUCGAAGGAUCUAAUUUUCGCUAUUACUGCAUGUCAAACUCAGUAUAUCUGAAAUCUAUUUGUUGGAGAAAAAUAGACAUAUUUGUAGCAUUUUUUGUUAUAUUACGGUAGAUGAUUUAGUUAUUAAAUUUUGGUACACAUCUACUUUUUUUGUUUUUUUAACCAAAGAUAGGAAAAUUCGAACCGGCGACCUUUAGGUAACUAAGUAUGGGAAGACUAUGCCAUU